AUACUGCUGGCGUGUGAUAUUGAGAGCUGUCAAAUUAUUUCUAAAUUUUUAAUCUAGUAUUAAAAAUAUUAAUAUCAUAGUCUUUAAUUAGUUAGCUCAAAAAUAUUUUUAAAAGAAAAUAUAUAAUUUAAGACAAGCGUUUCAUAUAUAUAAUGCAUAGGAUAACUAUGCUCUUAAACUUGUAUAAAAUCAAAUUCCAAUGAAUAACAUGAGUGCACAACAAAGCCCGGCUAAUAUGCAGGCAGCCGUGGAUCGCGAAAAGAUAUACUCAUGGAUUUUAGAACUAUGCAAUCCAGAAACACGUGAAAAUGCUCUUUUGGAACUGAGUAAAAAGCGUGAAGUUGUACCAGAUUUGGCGCCAAUGCUAUGGCACAGCUUCGGAACUAUUGCAGCUUUAUUACAGGAGAUCACUAACAUUUACGUGGCCAUGAUACCACCGACGCUUACGGCCCACCAGAGCAACCGAGUCUGCAACGCUCUGGCUCUUAUGCAAUGUGUGGCAUCACAUCCAGAGACGAGAUCUGCAUUUCUUCAAGCUCAUGUACCUCUGUUCCUGUAUCCUUUCCUCCACACUGUGUCAAAGACGCGUCCAUUUGAAUACCUGCGCCUUACCAGUCUAGGAGUUAUUGGUGCUCUAGUCAAAACUGAUGAACAGGAAGUCAUCACAUUUCUAUUGACAACAGAAAUUAUACCAUUGUGCCUGCGCAUCAUGGAAAAUGGAUCUGAGCUGUCCAAAACAGUAGCAACAUUUAUAUUACAGAAAAUUCUCCUGGAUGAUAGCGGUCUGAGUUAUAUUUGCCAAACAUAUGAUAGAUUUUCUCAUGUCGCUAUGAUAUUAGGAAAAAUGGUGUUGUCAUUGGCUAAAGAUCCAUCUGCAAGAUUGCUAAAACAUGUGGUCCGUUGCUAUCUCCGUUUGUCUGACAACCCAAGAGCUAGGGAAGCUUUAAGACAGUGUCUUCCGGAUCAAUUACGUGAUGCGACAUUCACUGCAUGCCUUCAAGAAGACAACUCAACUAAACAUUGGUUGGCUCAACUGAUUAAGAACUUGGAAGCCCAGCCGCCACCAGCAAGUCCCGCCCAACAGAAUAUGUGAGAAUUAACUUUACAGAGUUUAUCCCGGUACAAAGUCUUUGAAAGGUAACCAUAGGUGUUUAUGGACCUCAUAUAUCUAAUAAGAAUAUUAGAUAAAACACUUGAAAUUUCCAUUUCACUGUGUGCCUUGUGUUGGGAUAAGCUCUAUGUAAUUGAACAAACUAGUGAAGUACCUUGUUUUCUGUUAUCAUAUUAAAUGAGGAACAUGUGUAUGUGCAAAUUCAAUAUCAGAUGGAAAUGUAUUAGAUUGGGCUAAACAUUAUAACCCUUUAGUAUUAUAUAUACCUAAAAAUGAAUUUGCACUAUAUGUCUAGUUAGCAUUUCUUAUCAAAAUGACAUUAAAGUAAUAUUUUAUUAUUAUUUACUAAAUAUCAAUUAGCCACAUGUUGCAAACAAUGUAUUAUUUUUUAGGUACAAAACAAGAGAGCACUAAUUUUGUAAGGAUGUAGUGGCCUGGACUAAAAUAAACAUAAUAUACAUCAAAAUGUAGCUGUGA